AAACAAUUCAUUUAAAAAAUGUAAACUUUUAUUUACAAUAGUUCAUGUAUCUGCAAGUGUACAACCGUCCAUUUCCAAUUUCUAUUCCCGGAAAUGGGAUUAACUCAAACACCUGAAUUCCUGAACUCCGGAGAUCGGAGCGAUCUUUUUGUAGUUUAGGCGCGCGAGCGGCGAGCCUAACACCUGCAUCCCCCUGAGCAAAGCCGGCAGAAUAGCUUGGACUGAUCACUGAUAGUCUGCGCCCGAGUCGCGUCGUAUUCAUCCAGAUUUUUAACUCAGCCGUUGGCCCGUUUCGUCAGAAAUGCUAAGCCGGGGAUCGAAUGCUCGGCUUUCCGGGAUUUCGGUCCGAUCGCCGAUUUCUUCUCUUAUGCUUGCCAUGUUCUCCACCAUGGCAUCUCUGUACGUCGCCGGCCGUUUAUGGAUAGAUGCGGAAAAUCGAGUUUACUUAACAAAAGAGCUUGAUCGGAUAACUGGACAGGGACAUUCUGCCAUCUCUGUUGACGACACUUGGAAGGUCAUAGACUGCAGGGAACAGAUGAAGACACUUUCAUCCUUGGAAAUGGAGCUAUCAGCUGCUAGACAGGAGGGUUUCGUUCCUAAAGAGUUAUCAGACGUGAAUGGUAAUACUAAGAAAAGGCCUUUGGUUGUGAUUGGGAUUUUUACUAGAUUUGGGCGCAAAAAUGACAGAGAUUCUAUUCGCAAGGCGUGGAUGUCCACAGGUGCAGUCUUGAAAAAGAUGGAAGAUGAGAUGGGUGUUAUUGCUCGAUUUGUCAUUGGCAGAAGUUCAAAUGGCGGGGGCAGCUUGGACAGAAGUAUUGACAACGAAAACAAAGAAACCAAUGACUUUUUCAUUCUUGAAGACCAUGUUGAGGCACCUGAAGAAAUCUCAAAGAAGACAAAAAUGUUUUUUGCCCAUGCAGCUGAUAGGUGGAUCGCUGAUUUUUAUGCCAAAGUAAAUGAUGAUGUUUACGUAAAUAUUGAUGCCUUAGGGAACACACUUGCAACAUAUGUGAACAAGCCUCGUGUAUAUGUUGGGUGUAUGAAGUCUGGUGAAGUCUUUUCCGAGAAGGGCCAUAAAUGGUUUGAACCAGAUUGGUGGAAAUUUGGUGAUGGGAAAACGUAUUUCCGUCAUGCUUCUGGGGAGAUGAUUGUUAUAUCACGAGCAUUGGCUAAAUACAUAUCGAUAAAUAGAUUCAUCCUUCGUACAUAUGCACAUGAUGAUGUCACUGUCGGGUCUUGGUUCAUUGGUGCUGAUGUCAAGCACGUGGAUGAUAAGAAGUUUUGUUGUUCUUCUUGGUCUGCAGGGUCCAUCUGUUCGGGCGUAUAACUUUUCUAACUGGAGGAUAUUUGAAACUUUGUCAUUUUAUGACUCUCACUAUUCUUUAUACCUGAAAGAGAUUGGGCCGAUAUUGGGACUUGGAGAGUUAUUCUCAGACCAGUCUCAGUAAUGGCAUCUCUAAUACACAGAUGUAUAGCCAUCAUAGUAGUGUUCAUUGAAUUAAAUUCAAUGAAAGUAGCGAAGCACGAGAUGACAUACGACGAAAAUGUUCCUUAUGUAGCUGUUUUAGAACUAUGGGAUUUUUAAGUGGCAACUAAGUACAUACUAUGGGAUUUUAGCCAGUUCAAGUGUAUGUUCAAAACUAUCAGGUAUAAUAAUUAUGGAGUACAUUAAUAUGAGCUUUUUUGUAUUUGUACUUGAGGUGCUAUUGUAGACAAACCUAAUGUCACAUAUUUACUCUACUCAUGAUUUAAUUCGUC